AUGUCUCGCUUUGAUAAGUUUCAUGUUCAUGACCUCAUGAUCGGUGUCUAUCUUCAUGGUAGAGCUUGGGCUACCAUUCUCCGCCAUCCAGGACUAAAUCAUCCGAAGAAUGCAUCUGGAGAUUCUCUCAGGAAAAAAUUUAAAUACAUGCUAGAACGCAAUCCAGAUUUGAUUCACUUUACUCCCGAACACCGCAAUGAAGAAGUAGCGAGGGAUAUGCUGAUUAUGGAAGCUGAAAAUCUUGGACGUUUGAAUAGGUUAUUGGAACUAAUAAGUAACAACGGAGAUGGAGCCGGCGAAGGAGACCUCCAUAUGCUUGGAAAAUCAAUCAAAUCCCAAGCUGAACUUUGGAAUAAAGUUAGCGAAGGAAUGAUCGAGAUUAUGAAUAGACUUACUAUUCUCAAAUGCAUGGUUGAGACGGUUGAGACGAAGAUGAAUGCGGAAGAGGAAGAGGAAGAGGAGAACUUAAUGGACUAAACCAAGUGAAUUUGUUGGUUCUGAGGUGUGAAAUUCCAUAACCAAGGAUUUGUAGCUUCUAGCUUGUGCAAGGUGAUUUCGUUAGUUUCCAAACCUAUAAUAUACAAAACCCAGUGAAUCCUACUACUUCUCUACGUAACAAAUUGGUCUAUUGUAUCGGUA